AUGAGGGACACAGGUAUCAGCACGCCGAUCCUGAAAGACUUGUCGAAGAUAGAAGGGAAUCAUCAUGUGCAUCGCGUAUCAACAUCAGAUGUGAAGAACCGAAAUUUGGAAGUCAUUUUACAGAAUGGAGUAGCCGGAGGUGUCGCAGGCUGCGCUGCCAAAACUAUUGUCGCGCCAUUGGAAAGGAUCAGAAUUCUCUUUCAGACCUCCCAUUCUCAUUUUGUGCAAUAUUCGACCCGCUGGGAUGGUUUAAUUAAAGCCGCCGGAGAAAUUCGAACGUCAUAUGGUAUACCUGCGCUUUUCAAAGGCCACUCGGCAACCCUAGUUCGUGUAUUUCCAUAUGCGGGUAUCAAUUUUGUCGCCUAUGAACAAUUCCGAGCAGCAAUUAUCCCAUGUCCCGAGAAAGAAGCACCGUGGCGACGAUUUUUGUGCGGCAGUUUGGCCGGUGCAACCUCUACUUUAGUCACAUAUCCUCUUGAUUUGAUCCGAACACGUCUUGCCUUCGAAACAGUGCAAAAAAAUCCCUCGUCGUGGCUUAAAAUCUCUCAGAAGAUUUACUAUGAAGGGAGCAGCGGGAGCUUGUUCAAUCUCUAUCGAGGAAUUGCCCCGACUAUGCUAGGCAUACUUCCGUAUGCGGGCACGUCAUUCCUCACUCACGAUCUACUUAAAGACUGGCUUCGCUCGCCGGCCCUUGCGCCCUAUACUCUAGAAGCACAAUCUUCUACUCGACUGACCGCAGUUGCGCAGCUCUCCUGUGGCGCUGUGGCCGGCAUAGUCGCGCAAACAGUUUCUUACCCUAUCGAUAUCGUUCGACGACGAAUGCAAGUCGGAACUGUCGCCGAUACCAAGAUGGGCAUUUUGGAGACAGCCCAACGGAUCUUUUUGGAAAGGGGAGUGAGAGGUUUUUAUGUUGGGCUGACCAUUGGCUAUGUGAAAAUGGCGCCCAUGGUGGCCACGAGUUUCUAUGUGUAUGAUAGGAUGAAGCGAUUUCUGGGCCUUAUCGAGUAG